AUGGAAGUAGAUAAAAAACGGAUAUUAAUCAGAGGGUUGACGGCAAAUCCUAAGUACAUACCUUCUUGGUACAUCUACGAUGAGACUGGAUCAAAACUUCACCACAUCUUUGCGACAGAAAAUCCUAACUAUUAUUUAACAGAAAGCCAGGUGUCUGUACUUCAAAACAAUAUACAGGAAAUAAUUCCCCGUCUUCCUUACGAAAUAAAAUUGGUUGACCUAGGAUGCGGAAACUGCUCUAAAACAAGGCAUAUUAUAGACGAUAUACUGAAACGACAACACCAACUGUCGUUUUACCCUGUAGAUGUGUCUGAAGAUUUUCUGAUGACGUCAGCAAGGGAACUGAAAGAGGAAUAUGGCGAUUCUCUUCUUCUUUCACCUAUAGCUAAGGACUACAUAAGAGCAAUAGAAGAACUGAAAAAGGUAGAAGGGCCCAAGAUUAUCUUGUGGAUUGGUAGCAUCUCCAACCUGACAUAUACAGACCAGGUGACCAUUCUGAGGAUGAUUUCUACCAUGAUGUCAGACAAAUGUCGACUGCUGUUCAGCGCUGAUAUCACACAAGAUAAAGAGGCUAUUAUCAAGGCUUAUAAUGACGAUACAGGACUGACACGGGAAUUCAUUCAAAAUGCUGCUGUCCGGCUGAACAAAGAAACCGGAAGUCAGAUCGACUUGGCUAGAUUCACAUAUGAGGUGGACUUUAUUUGCGACAAAACUCCGCAAUCUUUGAGCUAUGUAAGGGCUUACAUCAAGGCUAAAGAAAGCAUCCAGGAUCCGAUACCUGGACUUGGUAUUGACCUGGUAAUUGAGAAAGGAGGAAGACUUUAUUUCCACGAGGGAGAUGGAUUCAGUAAUAAAUAUACCCUUGAACAACUUCGGAACAUUGUCGAGAAAUCCGGUCUCCAACUGGCAGACAGCUGGACAGAUGACCAGAAGCAUGCAGUAUUCUGUUCGUGUACAACUGCAACUUAA